CUUCUCUCGCAACUCGUCACUUUCCAAGCUUUCAUUGGUCAACUUGGGAGUAAUGGAGCAGAAAAAGAAUCACCACCAAAUACCCCAAUCUCCCUUCACUGAACCAAUCCGUUGUAUAGUGAAACUGGGAGGAGCUGCAAUUACUUGCAAGAAUGAAUUAGAGAUGAUAAAUGAGGAGAUUCUUCAGAAGGUUUCAGAACAGCUGAGACAAGCAAUGAUUUCAUCUUCUGAGAAGCCUCCUGGGAUGGAUUGGAGCAAGCGACUUGGAAGUUCAGAAAUUUAUUGUAACCCGGAAGAAUUUGAAGAUCAUUCUGCCAUGGAAUGUAGCCGUUUCAUAGUUGUUCAUGGAGCAGGUUCUUUUGGCCAUUUCCAAGCUAGCAAAUCUGGUGUCCACAAGGGGCAACUGAAUAAACCUCUUGUCAAGGGUGGGUUUGUUGCUACCCGAAUAUCUGUAACCACUCUUAAUCUUGAAAUUGUUAGGGCACUAGCCAGAGAGGGCAUUCCUUCAAUUGGACUGUCACCCUUCUCAUGUGGAUGGUACACCAGUGAGAGACAUAUAUCUUCAGCUGAAUUAUCUUCGGUGGCUAAGGCAAUUGAUUCUGGUUUUACACCUGUUCUGCAUGGAGAUGCAGUAUUUGAUGAAAUUCAAGGAUGUACUAUUUUGAGUGGAGAUGUUAUCAUAAGUCAUUUGGCUGCAUACUCAAAGCCUAAAUAUGUAGUUUUCCUGACAGACGUGUAUGGGGUGUAUGAUCGCCCACCGAUGGAACCAAAUGCAAUACUCUUAAAGGAAAUUGCUGUUGCUGAGGAUGGAAGCUGGUCAGUUGUAAAACCAAAGUUGCAAACCUCAAUUGAGCUAACUGUUGCAGCUCAUGACACAACUGGUGGGAUGAAAACAAAGAUCUCGGAAGCUGCAAUGAUAGCAAAACUUGGAAUUGAUGUCUACAUUGUAAAAGCAGCAACAAGCCACUCAUUAAGGGCCUUAAAUGGAGAUCUGGGAAGCAGCAUCCCUGAUGAUUGGCUUGGGACAGUUGUUCGAUCCAUGAGAUAAAUAUGGCAUUACUAAAUCUUCUCCACAGUUCCCAAUCAUCAACAGCAAAUAGUACUUUUUGAAUACUUCAUGAAUGUGAGAGUUAGUUGUACUAACAAUUACAGUCGUGUCUUUCAGAAACAACUCAAAAAUUUAAAUUGCAGUGACCUUCAUAAAAUAAAGAUUGAUAGCUAAAUGAAUUACUUAUGAUCAUUUGACAUUUUCCAUUAGUGCAACUGUAAAAUUUUGUCCACGUUAUUUACUCAUGACUUGGAUUCUACCUGGAUGUACAACUGUAAAAUUUUGUACUAGUUUUUGGGCAUGUAAGUUUUGUUUAUC